AUGGAGCAACGAGCCAGUAUCCCUGUCUUACCACCAAUCGCAAACCCUCUAGCUUCAUACUGGCAAGUUCCACGAUCGCCUCUUGCCAAUGUCAUCGAACCAGAGACCGAUAAGUUCACCAAACCUUAUGAUUAUGCCAUCAUUGGUUCUGGUAUCUCGGGUGCCAUGAUCGCUCACAACCUUCUCGAAAAGAGACCAGGUGCACGUAUAGUGAUGUUUGAAGCACGUGAAAUCUGUUCCGGUGCGACAGGUCGCAAUGGUGGACAUACGAAAGCAGCGAGUUAUCGGACUUAUAUGCAACACGCUAAGGCCCUCGGCAAACAAGAGGCGCUCAAGAUCGCAAGACUGGAGUAUGCAAACAUCGUCGAAACGCAUCAACUAGCCGGGAAAUUGGGCAUCGACUGCGAAAACAAGCUUUGCAAUACCGUCGACCUUAUCUACGAUAAAUCUGCUUUUGAGGCGGGGAAAGCAGCUAUCCAGGCAUUGCGUGAUGACACCGAGGAUCAUGAGAAAGAAGUCGGUAAAGCCGCAUGGUACCAAAUCUAUGAAGACACCGCACAAGUCCAAAAACAAUUCUUUGUUGCACCAGAGUUCUCUAACUCUACACUGAAAGAACCAGAGAAGCUGGAGGGUGCUUUUGAAUACGUCGCAGGCCGCGUGCACGCGUACCGCUUUACUACAGGCAUACUAUCAAGGUGCAUCAAGAAAGGCCUGCAGCUACGCACAAACACAACAGUCGACAGCAUACAGCCAUCCCAAGAAACAAGCAACGACAGUAUCUCCCGAUGGGACAUUAUAGCCAAACACAAUACCGUCUCAGCAAGCCAAGUCAUUGUCGCAUCAAACGGCUACACACCUUACAUCCUCCAAGAACUCCAAGGCGCCAUAGUCCCCAUGCGCGGCCAAAUCACCGUACAGCGUCCAGGCAGCGCUACCAAACUCCCCGCCCCACUCCCUACAACCUACUCCUUCAUCGGCCGCGACGGCUACGAAUACAUGAUCCCGCGCCCGCUCCCCUCUGGUGGCCAGCACAUCGUCAUUGGAGGCGGUCUCGCGCGCCUCCCGGACGGCGGCGCAACCGAAUUCGGAAUCGUAGACGACGCCUCGCUCAACCCGGCUAUCUCUGCGUACCUGCGCGAAACACUGACGGGGUACCACGGCAGCGAGAACUGGGGCGAGACGUCGGAGGCUGAGGCAGAGAGGCGUGUGGAGACCGAGUGGACGGGGAUUAUGGGCGCGACGGCGGAUGGACAGCCGUUUGUAGGUGAGGUUCCUGGGAAAAGGGGGUUAUGGGUGUCGGCUGGGUUUAACGGGCAUGGGAUGGUGCUUUGUUUGAAGUCGGCGGAGGCGUUGGUGGAGAUGAUUGAGGGGGGUGGGGUCAAGAGCGCGCCAGGGUGGUUUCCGGAGAGCUUUUUGAUAUCGAAGGAGAGGGUGGAGAAAUGUCGGUUUAGAGGGAGGACGGAUUUGAUUGGUGAAGAGUGA